AUGGCCUUUAAAGCUUUACCAGGGUACUUUUCGGCAUACCCAGAGCUAGGAUUUCCCGGUAUAGAUUCUUCGGAGGAAGACCAUUUGAAGCUUGUUAACCAUUCAGCUUGGAAAGAACUGUACGAGUCGAUACCACAGGAUACUGGCACCCACCACUACAAACUCCUCGUGAUUGCCCGGCAUGGACAAGGCUACCACAAUGCGGCUAUCCUUAGGUACGGGGAACCACGCUGGAAUGAGUAUUGGUCUCUUUUGAAUGGUGAUGAGUUUGGCGAGUGGGUCGAUUCGAAACUGACUCCACUUGGGUACACACAGGUCAAACAGGUAGGGAAGAAUGUCCUAUUACCCAUGAUUAAUGAACUCGGAUUUCUGCCUCAUAAGUUUUUCUGCUCACCAAUGAGAAGAUGUUUGGAAACAUUCAUUGGAUCAUGGACCAACGUGUUCCACAACCAUUGCAAUACACUAACACUACAAGAUUGUUCGGUAACAAACGUAGUCAUCGAAAAUAUCCGGGAAAAGUUGGGGGAGCAUACCUGCGAUAAGAGGGUAAAUCACUCUAUCACAGUAGGCGAGUAUCAAGACUUUCAGACCGACUCUGGCCACACUAUCCAAUGGGACUACACCGAGAACUACCCCGAGGAGGAUCAACUGUGGUUACCAGACCGUCGAGAAACUGACAAAGAGAUAGAUGAGAGGAUACAUGAAGGGUUAAGAGAGAUAUUCAAUCAGCUGUCAACGGAGGAUAAGUUCAUUUCGAUUACGUGCCACUCCGGUGUUAUUGGGAGCAUUCUACGUAAUAUGAAGCAUCCAGCGAUCAACAAUUUGGACACGGGGAAAAUUGUGUGUCUUGUAACCGAAAUAGAGAAGUAG